AUGAAUAUGUUGGAUGAUGAAGAUGACCAAAGCUUUCACGCUACGCGUGACGGCUACUCCCAUUUGAGCGAUGUCGAAUGGGAUGCGGUUGAACGAAUGGGUUCGACCAUGGGCAUCCAUGCUGUUAGCGUCAUGCUAGAGGCUCUCAAUAGAGAUGCCCAACAUGCUACUAUCGCCAAGUUCAUUCAAAAUGAACUUGACGCAGAACGCGAGAAAGUAGCCUUGCUUCACCAACAAGGUUCUCAACAAGCAGAGUUGUUGAGAGAACAAGGUGCUCAACAGUUUGAACUGUUGAGACAGCAGCAGGCUGCUGCUGGCGGGUCGAUGCACUCGCGUCGGCCCGAGACCUUGAAGAUUGACAUCUCCAAGUAUAGAAGAGGGCUCCCUCCUGAGAUGGUUCAUCGAAUUAGACGACGCCAUAAGGGCGCGUCGCAUCGACGACGGGGAUAUGCAAGCUGCAUUUGCCCAGUCAAAUCUGGCAGGACGUGCCAAGACUUGGGCACUGGGGCUCAAGUUGCACGACCCAUAUGCGUUUGGGUCGUUGGAAGUCUUCAAGUGGCGGCUCAGACAAACGUUUGA